AGAGCCACUCAGCAACGCUGGAACCCAUUUGAGGGGGCCUGGGACCCCUCAUCCCAAGCCAGGAGGGCUUCGGGGGAGGGGUGCAGCCCUUGACAGACUUGCAGUGUGGCACAGGGGGCUGGGGGUGCCAGGGAGGCAGGUGCAAACCUUGAAGGCGGAGGCACGAGUGCAGUUGUCUUUCCCCCACUGGGGGGACCCCAGGGCCUGUGGCGGAGAGGGGCUAGGAGGCAGACCCUGUGGGGAGGGGGUGGUGGCAGGGUGGUGUCUGGCAGCAGGGGCACCAUGGCCACCAUCCAGUCCGAGACUGACUGUUAUGACAUCAUCGAGGUGUUGGGCAAGGGCACCUUCGGGGAGGUGGCCAAGGGCUGGCGGCGAAGCACAGGCGAGAUGGUGGCCAUCAAGAUCCUCAAGAACGAUGCCUACCGAAACCGUAUCAUCAAGAACGAGCUGAAGCUGCUGCGCUGCAUGAGGGGCCUGGAUCCCGAGGAGGCCCACGUCAUCCGCUUCCUUGAGUUCUUCCAUGACGCCCUCAAGUUCUACCUGGUCUUCGAGCUGUUGGAGCAAAACCUUUUUGAAUUCCAGAAGGAGAACAACUUUGCCCCCCUCCCUGCCCGCCACAUCCGCACGGUCACCCUGCAGGUGCUCAGAGCCCUGGCCCGGCUCAAGGAGUUGGCCAUCAUCCAUGCCGAUCUCAAGCCCGAAAACAUCAUGCUGGUGGACCAGACCCGCUGUCCCUUCAGGGUCAAGGUGAUCGACUUCGGCUCAGCCAGCAUUUUCAGUGAGGUGCGCUACGUGAAGGAGCCGUACAUCCAGUCGCGCUUCUACCGGGCCCCCGAGAUUCUCCUGGGGUUGCCCUUCUGUGAGAAGGUGGAUGUGUGGUCACUGGGCUGCGUCAUGGCUGAGCUGCACCUGGGCUGGCCGCUCUACCCGGGCAACAAUGAGUACGACCAGGUCCGCUACAUCUGUGAGACCCAGGGCCUGCCCAAGCCCCACCUGUUGCAUGCCGCCCGCAAGGCCCACCACUUUUUCAAGCGCAACCCUCACUCUGACGCCACCAACCCCUGGCAGCUCAAGUCCUCAGCCGACUACUUGGCCGAGACCAAGGUGCGCCCAUUGGAGCGCCGUAAAUACAUGCUCAAGUCACUGGACCAGAUUGAGACAGUGAAUGGCAGUGGGGCAGCCAGUCGGCUGACCUUCCCGGACCGUGAGCUGCUGGCCGAGCACGCUGACCUCAAGAGCAUGGUGGAGCUGAUCAAGCGCAUGCUGACCUGGGAGUCACACGAACGCAUCAGCCCCAGCGCUGCCCUGCGCCACCCCUUUGUGUCCAUGCAACAGCUGCGCAGUGCCCAUGAGACCACCCGCUACUACCAGCUGUCGCUGCGCAGCUGCCGCCUCUCACUGCAGGUGGAGGGCAAGCCCCCUGCACCCAUGGUGGCUGCUGCAGAAGAUGGGUCCCCCUACAACCGUCUGGCUGAGGAGGAGGAGGCCGUGGGCUUGGGCAGUGUGACAGGCAGUGGGCCCUUCUUCCGGGGGGAGAAGGCACCGGGCAUGCAACGGGCCAUCGACCAGCUGGAUGACCUGAGUCUGCAGGAGGUGGGCCGUGGGCUUUGGGGUGAAACACCCGAAGUACUGGCCCCACUCAAGGCAGCCACUGCUGGCCGUCGGGUACCCGACUCGGGCCCCGAGCCCAUCCUGGCCUUGUAUGGCAGCCGCUUGGCCGGCCGCCACAAGGCCCGCAAGCCGCCCACAGGCUCCAAGUCUGACUCCAACUUCAGCAACCUCAUCCGGCUGAGCCAGGCCUCGCCAGAGGAUGAUGGGCCCUGUCGGGGCAGCGGCUGGGCAGAAGGAGAGCACCGUGGGGCCUCCGCCGAGCCAUCCACCAUCCUGCAGCGGGAUGGGGAUGGGCCGGACAUUAAGGAGAUGACCAUGGAUGCUGAGAGGCCAGGCCCUGAGCUCUUCGAUCCUAGCAGCUGUGUUGGGGAAUGGCUGAGCAAGGACUGGACACUGGAGGGCAUCAGGGGCCCGCGGGCUCAGGGGCUCCCGCCCCGCCCUGCCCACCCACACGGUCUGCCCCGGGCCACCAGUUUUCUGCAGCAUGUCAGUGGGCACCAUUGAUAGUGACCCUACCCCUGCCCGUCACUGGGGGGCUGCGUUAGCUGGGCUGGCAUCUCCUUCUCAGAGCCACCUCCUGAACCCACAAAUUAUUCUUACAGAAAGAUAGUUAUCCAGAAAUUCUCAUUCCCCCUGCCCAUGGCUCAUGCCUGUACAUACCCCAAACACAGGAGGGCUUUGGCAUCUGGCUUGUGGCCCCCUUGGCCAGAGGGAAGCAGGAAGGGGGCUGCAUCCUGCUGGCCCUGAGCACAUCCUCGGCCCUGUUGCCUCUGCCUAUUUCAAUAAAGAACUGUUCA